ACGCACCCUCCGAAAUUCCUAGGCCCCGCCUACGCUCACAAACAAGUAUAGACGGGUACCCAGACCUUAUGGUAUUGAUCAUUACGAUAUUAGGGGACGUAGCUAGGAACCGAUCGUAUGCAAACGCAUGGGAGUUAGCACGUGUUGCGAAACUGAAGUAGGCAACGAUGUCGAAAAAUAAAAACAGAAAAAAGGUAGAGGAUAUGACAGCGGAGGAGAUGAUGGCUGCCUCUGACUCUGACUCUGGCAGUGAGCUGUCUGAUCUGGAGGCAGACCUUCAUGAGGAGGAGGAUCUUGAUGAGGAGGGUGAAGAGGAUGAAAAUGUAGGGCAGGAGGAAGAGGAGGAGGAUGAUGAUUAUGAUGAAGAAGCUGAAGAAGAUGGAGUUGAAGAUGACGAUAAUGAUGAGGAAGAUGUUGGAGCAAAAGAUAUUCCAACGGAAGAAGCCCAAGAUGGCAAAAGGUCGAGCAAACACAAGCAGUCGUUGGAGAAACUCAAGGAAUCGGACCCCGAAUUCUACAAGUUCCUCCAAGAGAAUGACCAGGAGCUCUUGGCCUUUGACGACUCUGACGACGAACUUUCCAGCGACGAGGAGGGCUCCGUCCACGAACUGCCUGACAAACUGGAGGAGCAAGUUGACAGCGAUGAUGAGGAUUACGUUGCCGACGGCGACAGAGUCAAGCCCCCAAAACGCGAGGGAAAGGACGUAACCCUGGCGAUGGUCACUAAAUGGCGUCAACAACUUCAGGCCUCGUCAUUGAACAGCUUUCACGAGGUAGUGAAGGCCUUCCGAGCAGCGGUGCAGCAAAUAUCAUCAGAUGAGGAGGGCAACAAAUACAGAGUCGAGGGCAGUGGGGUGUUCAAUGCCGUAGUGAGUCUCUGCCUGAAGCAUGUCCAACCGACUCUGCAGAACAUACUAGAGAUGGAAGAAAAACCAAAGAAAAAACGAAAUCUGCCAUCCUCUUCCAAACGGUGGAAGCAAGUACAAGCCAGUAUCAAAAUGUACAUCACUGACAUCAUGAAGCUCUUGAAGCAGUUAUCAGAGACCACCAUCGUCUGUGUUGUGUUGCGACACAUCCAUCGCAUGAUCCCUUAUUACUGUUGCUUUCCACGGUUAGCUAAGGACCUGGUCAAGCGUUUGGUCUCACUGUGGAGUACAGGAGAGGAGGCGGUCCGUGUCUUAUCCUUCCUGUCUCUCUUCGCGAUCCAUCGCUGCAUGCAGAAGAACGGCUGGCUGGAGUACAUCCUCAAGCAAAUGUACUUGGCCUACGUGAGGAACUCCAAGUUCACCUCGCCCUCCACCCUGCCCCUCAUCAACUUCAUGCAGCGCUCCCUGACUGAGAUGUUUGCCUUCAACACGCAGUUGGCAUACCAGCACGGAUUUGUUUACAUCAGACAGUUGGCCAUCCAUCUGCGGAACGCAAUCACAGUGAAAAAGAAGGACACCUAUCGGUCUGUGUACAAUUGGCAAUACAUCCACUGCCUGAAUCUCUGGUGUCGUGUCCUGGCAACGCUACACGCUGACGAAACCCUCAGACCACUGAUCUACCCGCUGGUUCAGACGGCCGUCGGGGUCAUCAAGUUGAUCCCAGCUGCUCGCUACUUCCCGCUACGUUUCCAGGUUGUCCGUUCACUCAACCUUCUGUCAGAGGCGACGGGCACAUUCAUACCUCUCCUGCCCUUCCUACUAGAGAUUUUUGAGUCGACAGACUUCAACAAGAAGCACACCAGCGCGUCCUUCCGACCUCUGAACUUUGCUGUCAUGCUCAGGGUGUCCAAGUCACAACUCAAUGAACGAGCGUUCAAGGAUGGCCUGAUGGACCAAUUAUACGAGCUGAUGUUGGAACACCUACAAGUGCACAGUCAUACCAUUGGCUUUCCUGAGCUAGCCUUGCCGGCAAUAAUGCAGCUGAAGGCCUUCCUGAAGAAGUGCAAGGUGGCCAACUACUGCAAGGUGAUGAAGGGCCUACUGGAGAAGGUCCAGGAGACGUGCAAGGAGAUCAACAGACAGAGAGAUCUGGUGACCUUCGGCGUCGCUGACAAUGCCGCAGUGAGAGCAUGGGAGACCAAGAUGAAGCUGCAAGGCACCACGCUGAGCAAGCACUGCGCGACUUACAAGAGCCUGAGGGAGAAGGAGCUGAGACGAGAGGAGGCGGGCAAAGACAAGAUGGAUGAUGACAUCCCAACGGUGCGCAAGAGGCAGCAGCAGCAGGCAAAGGAGGAGGACAAGCGCGAGUUCAGCGAGCUGUUUGAGACAGACAGUGACUCCGAGGAUGACAUCCUGGUCCGCGCCAAGCGAAAGAAGGAACGAUACACCCCUGGCAAGAGACAUCACAAAGACGACAACGAUGAUGAUGAUGAUGAUGACGACGAUGAUGAUGAUUUUGAUGAUGAUGAUGAAAUUAAGGAAGAUGAUGAUGAUAUGGGUGCAUCAGAUGCAGAAGAAGAGGUCAAGCAGAAGGUUAAUCCCAUGUCAAAGGUCAAGGGUAAGGUCAAGGUGCUGGAGGACGGAGAGGAAAAGGAGGAUAUCGUCCGGGAUUUUGACUUCUGGUCUGAUGACGACGAGAAUGGCGAACCCAGGAAGAAGAAAAAGAAGACGGGCGGAUUGCCAAAGAAAAGUGGGAGGAAAACGAUGAGUGGACAGAAAAGUGAAGAAGGGAAGAGAGCUUUUCAAACAAAUAAGGGCAAGAAGUUCAAGGCUGGGAAAAAGGGACAAUCAAGACCCAAGUCUUAAUUGAUUGAUAACGUCAGCUUUUAUGUGCUUUUCUUUAAAGGUAAUAUAAAGCAUUUGCAAAAAAAAAAAAAACUACCAAAUUAUUAUAAAAUACCUUACUUGACUGCAAAAUAGUCUUAAACAUCCCGUGAAAUCAUAGCACCUGUUGUGCUGUCAUUUCGAAGAAAAGUGGAAUUUUUGUAUCAAUUUGUAAGGAUGGUUGGCCGGCCAUCUUUGGAAAAGUAGAAGACUUUUUUCCAAUACUGCCCCCAAUUAACCAAAUUUAGUUAGUUCGCAUUUCGUUUGCAAUCAGUUACACAUCCAUGAGC